AUGUCGAAUGAAACCAUCGGUCAAGUCGUAACUUCGUCAUCUUCGACUUCAGAUUGUGAAGCUGUGUAUAGUGGUAGAAUUCAGGGUCUUCGGCGUCUUUGGAAAGAGAAAUUUAAUCGUGCUCAUCUUCAUUUUGCUGACAGGGCCCACAAGAUCGAAUCCAUGACAGGGAAGAUUCGCAAAGAAGCUGAAAUGAGAUGGCUCGAUGAAAUCCUAUCUCAACUGGAUUACUCUGUAUGAUCUCAAAAAUUUGCCAGUCGCCAAAGUAACAUAGAAAUCUUAGACAUGCUGCAACCGUCAGUAAUUCACUAGUAAAGAGUAUGAAGAGGCUGGUGGAGACAAGAUAUAUACGUUACUUCGUUGGCUCAGUUGAUGUCGUUUUAACUAAUGCUUAUGUAUUGGAACAGUUUUGGCAAGAACAAGCUGCUGAGGGAGAUAACGAAAUUUGCGGCCACUUGAAGAAUUUAGUGAGUCCGCUUUUUCUAUCAACCUUUAAAUAUUUCUACUUGCCGACGUAUUUAGUCAGUCCGCAUUCACGAGUGAAGCUGCACAGUCUGAUCGGGCUAUAUCCAUUAUGGGAUGACAAAGCCAAUGUGGAUAAAUUUAUUGGAAACAUAACAAAAAUGAAUGAAAUGCCCGUUCUGGAAAAUCCCUUGAACAGACGGCUGCGUUUACAAUACCCGAGUAUCGAAGAAGGGAAUUUUACGUCAAAUUUUAGCAAACCCGAUCAGCAAGUUAAUUUUUUACAACAUGAUAUUCAAUUUCAACCUCGGGUACGAAAUCGUCCACAACCGUUGACACCAGAUAACAUCAACAGAAUAACUGAACAUACAGUAGAUUGA